AUGAUUAAAAUGAUGGUGACGGUUGUUAUCGUCUUUACCAUGUGUUGGCUGCCUUUCAACGUGCUUGUGCUUCUACUCAACGAUGAUGCCUUCAAAAUCUGGGAGCCGUUGCCUUACUUCUGGUUUGCAUUCCACUGGUUGGCCAUGUCACAUAGCUGCUACAAUCCGAUCAUCUACUGUUAUAUGAACGCACGCUUUCGCGGUGGUUUCCUGCAGAUUAUUUACCGUGUGCCAGGUUUGCGACGUUGUUGUUGCCUGCGUCGUUAUUUGCAUAAUCGAGGCGAGCGAAAUUACGAUGCUACCGGUGAGAUGACCUUCAAAUUCAAUGCUGGUAAUGGUGGAGGUCUGUUGAGGAAACCUAAAAUUCGCAUUAGGCACGGACGACACAUUCCACUUGCAACGGGUAAACACAUCAACUACAUACAUCAGCACUCGGAAAAAACUCCGAACGAAUUCUAUGCAAAUGAGUCAAUUUUCAUGUGCGGAGGCCACAGUGUUGCGGUAGUGCCAGGCCCAUAGAUGGAGCCAGUCGCAUGUCACCGCACCGCCAACAAGAGCGAAGCUUCAACCGCCCAUUAACACAACGCAAUUCGUGUGAUGGAAAUUGCGAAUCAAUAUACACACACACGCACAUGUAUUCAUAUAAACGUACAAGGAUAGGCUUAGCUCAGUCGAAAAUGCGUGGCAGGCAGAAGCAGAUAGCAGAAGCUGCAAACAGAUUUACAAUUUAAUUUAGCUAUACAAAACACACACAUGCUUACAAAAACAUACAUACAAACAAUUGUGUGCUUUUAUGGUUUUGUUACGGCAUUCCCUACACACAUUAUAAGCAAGUAUGUACAUACAUAGAUAAACCUGAAACCAGGAACAAUUUUAGAUAGUAUAUAAAAAUAAAUUUAAUGCCUAAAAGCCGUUAUCUAAAGCAAAAGCACAGCUUAGCUUUUAAAUUAAAUGUGCUUUUAUUGUCAUUAAACCGAAAAUGAAGUUUUCCCAAUGGAUAUCCUGAAGGCGUUGUCCUUGUCGAAAACCUAAUCUAAAUGCAUUUACGCACACUUAAGCAUACGAGUAUUUAUGUAAGUUUUUUUAAACGAUAUUAAUAUGAUUGUAAAUGAGUAUGUAUGUGUAAUUGAAAAACGUAAACGCCUUAAGGUUCUGUUCAAUUUGCUAUUCUUUCUUCAAAGCUUACAAUUACUACAAUACAUACAUAAGUAACCCGAAAAUCAGACACAUAUUUGCUAGUCUUUCGAAAACCAAAAAAAUCUAGACACAAUUACAUACUUACCCAAAUAGGUGCGGUGUUGAAAUGAUAAGAAAUAACUGUACUGCUGCUUACGUAUUUAAAACGAAAUGUAUGUAGGUAAAUAUAUAUUUGUAUCCCUACUUUUAUAGGCAAAUAUGUAUACGACAACCUUAUCAAAAUCUAAAUCUAUGUAUGUAAAUAAUUAAGUGACGUACUAAAUGUAAACGAAACCAAAGGAUAAAAUUUUGAAAUAAUAAUUUAGUCAAUUUUGAACAUUAUGUAAUAAAUGUAAAGUGAAAC